GAAGCCUGCUUGCCGCUAGCUUUUUGUCGUCGAUCAGACGCAAACGGUAACGAGUUGAUGUUUCUAAACAUUGUUUCUCAAAUGACUUUUGAAUCUUUAAUCUGUUCAAGUGCAAGAUAAAGAAAACUCUGACGAUGUCGGUCAUAAUAGAAACAUCUAUUGGAGACCUGACGGUCGACCUUUAUACAGAUGAAAGACCGAGAUGCUGCUUGAACUUUCUGAAGCUUUGCAAAGUCAAGUACUACAACUUUUCACUUUUUCAUUCCGUUCAGGAAAAUCUUGUUGCUCAAGUAGGAGACCCCACAGCCUCUGGAAGAGGUGGAGAGUCAGUUUUUGCGCAACUUUAUGGGGAACAAGCAAGAUUUUUCGACAUGGAGGUCAAUCCUCGCAUUAAGCACACAAAGAAAGGGCUGAUCUCAAUGGUGAACAAUGGCAGUGGAAUGCAUGGGUCACAAUUUUUCUUCACUCUUGCUGAUGAUUUAGAUUAUCUCGAUGGAAAACACACCGUGUUUGGAGAGGUGGCAGAGGGCUUUGACAUCCUCGAAAAGCUCAACAAAACAUUUUGUGAUGACAGUUUUCGGCCUCACCAAGAUGUCAGAAUUUAUCACACAGUUUUGCUGGAUGACCCCUAUGAUGACCCGGAUGGUCUAGAGAUUCCUGACGCGUCCCCAGGGCCGACACGAGAAAUGCUGGAGAGUGAUCGGAUUCCGUGUGACGCAGAUGUUAAUGAAGACGAAGGAAAGACGGAAGAGGAGCUUGCAGAGAUGAUGGCAGAAAAGGAAGCUAAAGCAAACACACAGAUUUUAGAGAUGGUUGGAGAUUUGCCCGACUCUGAAGUGGCGCCCCCUGAGAAUGUGCUGUUUGUCUGCAAGCUGAAUCCAGUCACCACCUCGGAUGAUUUGGAGAUCAUUUUCUCUCGCUUCGGCCAGAUUGUCAGCUGUGAGGUCAUCAAGGAUUCCAAAACAGGAGAGUCGCUGCAAUAUGCCUUCAUAGAGUUCAGUGAUCCGAAUGAAUGUGAGAACGCCUAUUUCAAGAUGGAUAACGUCCUGAUUGAUGACAGGAGGAUCCAUGUUGACUUCAGUCAGUCUGUGUCCAAACUGAAGUGGAAAGGGAAAGGCCGAGGUGUUGAGAUCAUCACGGGGGGAACAGCUCCAGCUUUCAUGCUCAAGAAUCAACAACGCCAAGACGACCGGUACGACUUGGUGUAUGAGCAUGAUGAUGAUGCGGACGCUGGUGGUGACAACACACUCAAGAAGACGAAAAAGAAUCGAGAGAAGAGCAAGAAGUCGAAGAAGCAAGAUGACAGCGAGGAUGAAAGAGAUGACAGUCGCCAGAAAAAGAGAAAGAGAUCUGCGUCGCCCAGUCCCAACAACAGAAGCCGACAACGCGAGGUAGAUGAACAGAGAUACGACAACCGUAGAAGAGACGGGAGAGGGGAUGAGAGACAACGUGGCAAGUUCGACAAUAGAGAUGGGAGGCAAUCUGGCAAGUAUGGUGACAGAGAUGGGAGACAGCCUGGCAAAUACGACAACAGAGAUGAAAGACAGCGUAAUUCUCAUGACCACAGGGACAAUUAUCGGAAAGAUUCGAGAGAUAGGGCCGGAAACGACUCAAGGUCACGAAGGGAUGACCGAGAUGAUGAUUACUCAUCACGGAGAGAUGGGCGUGGUGGUGGUGGUGAUAGAAGGUCAAGGCUGGACGAUCGUGAAGAUGGCAAUAGGGCGAGAAGAGAUGAUCGUGAUGAUUACAGAUGGAAGAGAGAGGAAGGAAGGAGCAGAGAGGGUGCUGAGAAACGAGACGACAGAAGAAAGCAUAGAUCUCGGAGUCCGGCUGUCAAGAAUGAUCGAGCGAGAGAAAGAAGUCGCAGCCAAAGUUCUGAGGAUAGCAGGGCAGCCCAUAGAAACAGAGAUAAGAAAAGAAGGAAUGACUCACAAGAGAGGAGUAGAGUGAGAGAAGGUUCAAGCGAGGAGGACAGACAAAGAAGCAAGGUGAAGGACACAAACAGAGACCAAACAAAAAAUGGUAAAAGUCGCAAAACCGAGAAAAGGCACCAAAGUUCAGAUUCAUCAGAGGAUUCCAGUGAAGACGAGAAGAGGAAAAGUCAUAAAAAAGACAAGAAGAAGAAAAAGAAAAGGAAAGCCAGCAGCAGUGAUGAAUCUGAGGAUGAACGGAGGAUGAGAAGGAAAGAAGAAAGAGAUGUAUCUGCAUCAUCAUCAGAUGAGUCGGUGAAGAGGAAAAAGAAGAAGAAAAAGGACAAGUCGCGGAGGUAGUGAUGGAUGAGUCGCCUAGUUGUUGAAAGUGUUUGUGGAAUUGAACUGAGUGCGAGGAAUUGCAUAAAUGUUUGUUGUGUUUGAGCGUUAAAUCGGCUGCUUGCACUGUGUGCUUUCGGAGAAGCUGAGAAUUUUCUGAGUGUUCUAGGGUCAGUUGGGGUAAUAAUUAAUGAUAAUAUAGGUUGUAUAAUGCAUAACGCUUGCCAUUGCGCAGGGAUAUGCACUAGACAAAUGCUAUUUUAUUAAUUACUAUUUAUCAUAGUAUUGUGGAUACAAGAGUCAAAGCGUUCCUUUUUCAAUGCAUUAUUCUGUUACAUGUAUUAUGUAUUACAUUUGUUGUCUUAUGGCUUAGCUGGGAGUUUUUUGCAAAGAGAAGAGGGCAUUGUUAAAUAACGCUAGAGUCAAGGGAUUCCUUUUUUAAUACAUUAUUAUUUUGUUAUUACAUUUGUUGUCUUAUGUCUUAGCUGGAAGUUUUCUGCAACGGGAAGGAGGGGUUGUUAUAUAUAUAUACAAGAAAAGUCGUCACUGUCAUUCAUCAUUGUUGAAUGUCAAAAUACAAGGUUUUUACAAAAAGCAAACAAUGUUUUAUUUCUGACAGGACAUUAUGUUAACACAAAAUAUUAGUUCGUCUAAAUCCGUUUCUAUUUUAAGAACAGGAAUGAGACUAGGACCAACCGAUGUGCCUCAUUAAACUCUACAACAUACU